CCUCCCUUCCGAUCCUGCAGCCAUGGGCUCAGCCACAGCGUCCAACGCUAAGCACUUCGCCCUGCGCAGCAUCGCACCGGCGGCGGUGCUCAUCGUCCUCAUGCUGCUCUUCGUCGCCGGCGCAAUUGUGACGCUUCAUCACAAGGACAACACGUCGAUACGGGGCGUCCUUGUAAACGAUCAGGCGACCAUGCCGCGACCGCGUAAAAUACUGCGCGUCGAGGAGGAGCCGGCGAAAGAACCCAGCAACAACGGCUGCACGAACCAACGCCUGCCGUCAGGCAGUGAGCCGUUGCCUAGAGGCAUCGUCCAUGAAACGACCAACCUGGAGAUGGAAACGUCGCUGGGCGGGGACCCCGAGCACCGGAAGAAGCAGCAGGAAGCCACGCCGGCGCCAAAGUCAAAGAGCAUCCUGGCGAUCCCUGUGGGAAUCAAGAACAAGGCAGUCGUCGACAGGCUCGUGUCCAAGUUCCCCGCCACCGACUUCGCCGUGAUGCUGUUCCACUACGACGGCGCAGUGGAGCAGUGGGGGGACCUCGAAUGGUCCGGCCGCGCGGUGCACGUGGCGGCGCGGGGGCAGACCAAGUGGUGGUUCGCCAAGCGGUUCCUGCACCCGGACGUAGUGGCAGAGUACGAGUACGUGUUCCUGUGGGACGAGGACAUCGAGGUCGACGCCUUCGACCCCGUCAGGUACCUCGACGUCGUGAGGAGGGAGGGCCUCGAGGUGUCGCAGCCGGCGCUCGACCGCCGCUCGGAGAUCCACCACGCCAUCACGGCGCGCGCGCUGGCGCCGACGGAGGACGGCGUGCACCGCCGCGUGCUGGGGACGCGGUGCGACGGCGACAGCACGGGGCCGCCGUGCGCGGGGUGGGUAGAGGUGAUGGUGCCCGUGUUCUCGCGGGCGGCGUGGCGGUGCGCGUGGCACAUGGCGCAGAACGACCUCAUCCACGGCUGGGGGCUCGACUACAUGCUCGGAUACUGCGCGCAGGGCGACCGCACGCGCAACGUCGGCGUCGUCGACAGCGAGUACGUGCUACACCGCGGCGUCCCCAUGCUCGGCGAUAGAGACAAGGCGACGCCGUCGGCAGGACGGGCCGCGGUGAGGUGGCGGUCCUUCAAGGAGAUGCAGAUAUUCAACAGGAGGUGGGAGGAGGCUGCCGCCGAGGACAAAUCCUGGACGGAUCCUUACGCCGCACAGCCGCCAACGGCGAGCUCCAGAUAACCGGCGCGCGCGAUCGUCGCCCGAGAUCAAACGUCGGAGA